AUGAUUGUGAGCCCUCCACCACGCCGCAUUCUGCCCUUGAUAUGGGCACUUGCUCUUGUCACGAAUGCUGAGAGUGCCAGCGCAGAGGCUGCUGUAUCGAAUGCUGAGAGUGUCAGAGCAGAGGCUGUUGUACCGAAUGCUGAGAGUGCCAGAGCAGAGGCUGCUGUAUCGAAUUCUGUAGCUGUUGUACCUAAUCAACAUAUGAGAAAACUUACCCCGUCAAAAGUGGAUGAUGACCACAAAUUGGUCGAGGAGCGAUUUUUACCUCCUUUAGCGGCGGCCGAAGCAGCUGAACAUGAGCUAUAG